UUGGUUGUGGACCACAAACGAAGCUACAAAGUUCUCAGCCGCUUUGGAAACAACUUCCUGCAAAGAUUUGAAGGAGCGGUUAUCAACAACCCCAUUUUAAGUGGAAUGACUCUACUGGAUACACCUGGGGUACUCUCCGGUACCAAGCAGACCAUAUCACGUGGUUACGACUUCACGGGAGUAGUUAGUUGGUUCGCAGAGAGAGUGGAUAUGAUCGUACUCUUGUUUGAUGCGCACAAGUUGGAUAUCUCGGACGAAUUCCAGAGGGUAAUUGAGGCGUGUAAAGGGAAUGAUACUAAGGUUCGUAUUGUGUUGAACAAAGCUGAUAAAGUCACAAAUCAACAGCUGAUGAGGGUAUAUGGUGCUCUGAUGUGGUCGCUUGGAAAAGUUUUGGGAACACCCGAAGUAGCUAGAGUUUACAUUGGAUCAUUCUGGGAUCAGCCCUACUCCAAUGAUGAAAACCGGAAAUUGUUUGAAGCGGAAGAGGAGGAUUUGUUUAAAGACAUCCAGUCAGUUCCAAGAGGAGCAAUUAUACGAAAACUAAACGAUCUCAUCAAACGAUGCCGACUGGCAAAAACACACGCUUACAUCAUAGCACACCUGAAAGAGGAGAUGCCUGCAAGUUUUUGGUAAGGAAGCAAUAACAGAAGCACGUACACUUAACCAGCCAUUUUCGAACAGAUACAGAGAGCGACUGGCCUUCCUGCUGGCGACUUUCCGAAUGUUGAAGAUUUCUCGGUGUCUCUCAAGAAAUGCGACUUUUCUAAGUUCAAACCUUUGAACCAGGGACUGAUUGAUGCGCUGGAUAAGAUGAUAGCGACGGAGCUGCCACGUCUCAUGGCACAAGUUCCGCAGGAUCAAGAGGUGUUUCACGAGGAUUACAUGCGCAACCUCAACAAGCGCGAGGGAGGAGCGCUGUACGAUGAUGACACCACACCGUUUGAUGGAGGAACCCUGACAUUUCCUCCACUCACCAGUGCCGGUCAAUGGACUACCAGUACGAGUUUUGAACAGUUGGUACCAGAUUCUGAUGGUAAAAUUAAUGGGACUCAAGCAAAACAGCCGAUGCAGGACUCAAAACUUCCCAAUACUCUCAAGAGAAUAUGGCAGCUCGGCGACGUCGAUAAAGACGGAAAACUUGAUAUUCGGGAAUUCGCCAUUGUCCGACACCUCAUCAAACUUAAACUUGAUGGACAUGAAUUGCCUGUCGAGGUGCCUAAGAUUUGGCUGGAAGGUUUAGAAAUUGAUGAUUACAAACGUUAAGACUUCCAUUUUCUUGAAUAAAAUAGUACUCAAGAAGUCAUGUAGAUAGCAAUAUUGUCACCGAAGAGGAAUUGUACAGAAGCAAUGUUCUGUUUUGCUGAACAGUUGCAGUCUGUGGUAUAUUAUGAUCGGCUUGGGAUCGAAGUUUUGAUGAUGACUGAGAGAAAGAGAGCAAUGUAUGAAACUGUGAACGAAAUGUUGUGUUAGAAAUACUAAUAGUUUAUAGAUUACAAUGCUUUACGAUAUAUUUCUUUGUUCACAAUUUAAAGUUUCCUUAUUUUAAAGUUUAGUAAUGUAGAAUAAUAUUGUACUCGAAUAAUGGUUAUUUAUAGGCAACUGUUCUUAUAUGUACGGCGAA